GUAGUUGGUUGCUAACAGCUUACGUCAGCUAGCUGUUGCUGGCGUUUUCAACAGUUUAUUGAUCUAUAAUCUGGGAAUAUGUUAAUGCCGAAUAAACAUACCUUUUUAUUUACACGCUGUAGUUAAAAAAACAAAUUCUGGUUGAGUUUUAAUCAUUGUUUUUUAGUUAACACUUUGAAAUAUGUUUUUUUUCAUAGCUAACUAACAGACGUUGGGAGUUGUUAGCCGUCUCCGGGAAAAUAGUAACGCCAGUGUACUAUCUUGGGCUAACAAAGAGUAUAGACGCAUAUAGGUUCUUUGGGGCUAACUAGUAGCUGCUAACAGCUAACGCUAGUUGUUACUGACAGACGUUGGAAGUUGUAACUGACAGACGUUGGAAGUUGUAACUGACAGACGUUGGAAGUUGUAACUGACAGACGUUGGGAGUUGUAACUGACAGACGUUGGAAGUUGUAACUGACAGACGUUGGGAGUUGAAACUGACAGACGUUGGAAGUUGUUAGUGUAACUGACAGACGUUGGAAGUUGAAACUGACAGACGUUGGGAGUUGAAACUGACAGACGUUGGAAGUUGUUAGUGUAACUGACAGACGUUGGAAGUUGAAACUGACAGACGUUGGGAGUUGAAACUGACAGACGUUGGAAAUUGUUAGUGUAGCUGACAGACGUUGGGAGUUGUAACUGACAGACGUUGGGAGUUGUUACUGACAGACGUUGGAAGUUGUAACUGACAGACGUUGGAAGUUGUAACUGACAGACGUUGGAAGUUGAAACUGACAGACGUUGGGAGUUGUAACUGACAGACGUUGGAAGUUGUUACUGACAGACGUUGGGAGUUGUGACUACUUUAAAACUGGUAAAAGUUAAGUGAAUUAAGGGUCUUCUCAUAGAAACUAGCUCACUAAAGUCUUUGGGAGUUUGUGGUGGACAGUAAUAACGCAUGAUACUAAAGUACAAUUAGAGGUACUUGUACACUGCGUGAGUAUUUCCAUUUAAUACCACUUUUACACUCUUACUUCACUACUUUUCAGAGUGAAAUAAUGUCCAUUUUAACCACUUACACCUUCAAUUACUUGUUACUUUGCCGGUUCAGACAGAAAAUAUGAUGCAGUUGCAUAGAUUAACCACCCAAAUAGUAUGUUUACUCCUGAUACUUUAAGUAAAUGUAUGUGAUAUUACAUUUACUGAUGUAAAAAAGAGUAUUUUGAAUGCAGGACAUUUUGCAUUGUGAUAUUAAUACUUUUUUCUUCUCCCAAUGCUGUGUGCAUUAUGAUUACCAGCUGGAAAACAUAAUUAAGUUAUUUUUAUCUAUAACAACAUCACUGCUCACAGCCAGCUACCUUUAAGGCAGUUGCUGUGUCUGUGAUAUGUGGAGCCCCUACAAAGUGUUAGUCUUUGCUCUGGUAGCAGCAUCCAGCUUCAUGUUGGUGCAUGCUCUGGACUUCUGCACAAGUACUGACAGUGACUGCAGUAGUGAUAGUCAUGAUAGUACAACAUCAAGCAGCCAGCUGUCCACAAACGCUGGCAGAUCCAGGUGGAACAUCAGUGUUUCAAAGCUUAUACAGGAGCUGGGUCAGUUCAGAGUGUCCUGCAAGAAGCUGAUAGAAUCAUUCCCUAUCGAUGAGGUCGAUGGCAACUUUGCUCGCCCUGUAAAGAACUGCAUAUUCUCCAGAUCCAGUCCAACGCCACUGAAAGGCCGGUUAAGACUUGCAGCAGCUUCCAAGGACGCCAUCGAGGGGAUUUUAGACUUGGAUGUGGCCGUGACCCGGUCAGAUGAUUUCCUGCGUUAUGCCAGCGGCGGCAGACUGCUAUCAGGAUCUGUUCCACUUGCUCACAGAUAUGGAGGUCAUCAGUUUGGCUACUGGGCCGGUCAGCUGGGCGAUGGUCGAGCACAUUCCCUUGGUCAGUAUACCAACAGGAAAGGAGAAGUGUGGGAACUGCAGCUCAAAGGCUCUGGGAAGACACCUUAUUCAAGGUCAGGAGACGGUCGAGCUGUGAUCCGUUCUUCUGUGAGGGAGUUCCUGGGCAGUGAAGCCAUGCACUUCCUGGGUGUUCCUACCAGCAGGGCUGCCAGUCUAAUUGUGAGUGACGAGCCGGUGAUGAGGGAUCAGUUCUACAAUGGCAAUGUGAAGACAGAGAGAGGAGCUGUCGUCCUCCGGUUAGCCAAGUCCUGGUUUCGGAUCGGAUCUUUAGAAAUCUUGGCUCAAAGUGGAGAGAGAGAUCUCCUGAGAAAGCUGUUGAACUUUGUGAUUGAUCAACAUUUUCCUUCAAUCAACUCAGACGACCCAGAUAAAUAUUUGAUGUUUUAUUCCACAGUUGUAAAUGAAACAGCACAUCUGAUUGCCCAGUGGAUGUCGGUCGGGUUUGCACACGGUGUGUGCAACACAGACAAUUUCAGCCUCCUCUCCAUCACCAUCGACUACGGACCAUUUGGCUUCAUGGAGUCGUAUAACCCCAAUUUUGUCCCCAACACAUCUGAUGAUGAGGGCAGAUACAGCAUCGGAGCUCAGGCCAACGUCGGACUCUUUAACCUUGAGAAGCUCUUGAUGGCUCUCAGUGUGCUUUCUAACAAACAGCACGACGAGGCUAAAAUUAUUUUAAAAGGAUAUGCUGAUAUUUACCAGACGAGGUUUCAUCAGCUCUUUAAAGCUAAACUGGGGCUUCUAGAUGAAGAGGAGGAUGAUGGCUACCUCAUUGCCUUCCUGCUUAAGAUGAUGGAGGACACACAAUCAGACUUCACCAUGACCUUCAGGCAGCUCAGUGAAGUUUCAGCUCAGCAGCUUCACAACAGGAACUUCAAGCAGAUGUGGGCUCUUGAAGAACUGUCGUCCCACAAGCUCUUCUCUGAUUGGCUCAGCAUGUACCUGCUCCGGCUCAGCAGACAACAAAAUGACAGUGAUUUGGAUCGUCAACACAGGAUGAAAAAUGUAAAUCCUAGAUAUGUGCUGAGGAAUUGGAUAGCAGAGUCUGCGAUACAUAAAGCUGAGACGAAUGACUUUUCUGAGGUGGCGCUGCUGCACCAUAUCCUGUCAUUUCCCUUUGUUACACAAGAGACCGCAGAGGAGGCGGGCUAUGCAGCAAGACCUCCCCUGUGGGCCAAGAGGUUAAAGGUCAGCUGCUCCUCUUAGGAAAUUCUUGCAUAGAGAAUAACAUUAAAGUGAAGAAAAGUUACAGCAUAAUUUAGCAUAAUUUAUCUUUUAUAUUUUACAAUUACAAUUCUGUCAUGCUGGUGGAAAAGAUUUGGUCCAAAAUGUCAUGGCUGUUAAAUGUUAUUUUCUACUUAUAUUACCCACCAUGUGUGGCAUACAGUGACCAUCUAAAAUAAGAUACAGUUCUCAGUGCUACAGAAGAGUUUAGUAGAGAGUGCACUCGAGGCUAAAUAGGCAUUUUCAUAUCCAGUGUUUAUUGAUGUUUAUCUAUUUUCCUUUAUUGUAAAGCACUUUGUGCUGCAUUUCUUGAAUGAAAGGUGCGACACAAAAAGUUUAUUAUUGAAUGCUAACAACUUCCAAACAGCUUGACACCAAAAUAAAUUCAAAGUUGCUCAAGUG